UCCAAUCAUCUUUCAUUUUCAACUAUAUGCAACUACAUAUAUACAUGCACAUCCGUAUCCAUAUCCAGUGAACAUUGAAGUGGUGCGUCUCAAGUGGUUCUUCUUUAUUAGGAGAACCGAGCUGUGGGCUGCUCAGUGAUCCGCCUCAUGGCCACCGAUGCCGACGCUGACCCCAGCGGCGCUCCCUUCACCUGGGAGGUGAUCAACCAGCCUGUUGAGAGUCGUGCCUUCACCCUGGACCAGGAUGGCUCACUGAGGCUGGCCACCAAUAAAUUGAACCACAAGGUCCAGGAUCGGUACGUGGUGCAGGUGCGAGUGUGGGACAGCGGCUCGCCACCACUCCACGCUAACACCCAAGUUACCGUCAGCGUGGUGGAGGAGUCCCGCUUCCCGCCAACACUCUUCCCGCUUAAAACCGUGGUCAUCAGCUUCCGGAGUGCCUCUCCCGGAGGCAUCAUUGGGCGGGUCACUGCACUGGACCAGGACCCCUACGACACCCUGCAGUACUCUGUGGUGCCCUACCCAGAGGAAGUCAGCUCCAUCAAGUACUUUGACAUUGAUAGUGAGGACGGCACUCUGGUGGCACUGACGCCUCUUGAUGCUGGCAACUACAGCGUCAACGUCAGUGUGUCAGACGGCAGGUAUCACCGCACCGUGCAGGCUUCCAUCGAGGUCUCCGUGGUCACUGAGGAAAUGGUUGAAAAUGCCGUCAUCAUUCACCUGGGUCCUCUGUCCUCCGAUGAAUUUCUCUCCAGGUAUCAGAAAUAUUUCCUCAAAGCUAUUGCCAUAGAGCUGUCAGUUCAGGAGCAUUCUGUGGUCCUGGUCAGCCUGCAGCCAGCCCUCGUACACUCACACUCUUUAGAUAAAAUAGAUUACAUUCCACAACGUUCCAAGAGAGACAUACAGAGGAGUCUUGACGUUCUGAUAGUUGUGAGGUUAUUUGAAAUAUAUAUGACAAGAGAACAUUUGCUGCUGAAGCUAAAAGAAAAACAAGUUGACAUAAAAGAGAAGCUUGGCUUGCCCUUCGUGGACAUCAUGGAGUCCCUGUGUGUGUCUGGCUCAGAGUGCGGCGGCCACGGGGACUGUGUGGACGUGGUGGAAAUCAACGAUGAUGUGGCCAUGCCCUUCAACACACAGCUGUCUAGUCUGGUUGCUCCAAGAUUUACCCAGAAAGUUGGCUGUGUGUGUGACCAAGGGUAUGGAGGCCAGAACUGCACUACUUUAGUCAAUGCCUGUGGGCACCGACCCUGUGCUGAGUAUGAGGAGUGUGCGCCCACCAACACCAGCAGCCGAGGCUACACGUGCCAGUGCCCUGCCGGCAGAGCAGGACCUUCGUGCCGAGUGGACCUGACAAAGUGCCGCAGCCCUGCGUGCCACUACCCACUGAGGCCUCUCUCCUUCAGGGGAAAGAGCUAUGCCCAGUACAGCAUAGCUCAGCAAAGUGAGAGCAGCUCACUGAUGCUGAGUGCCUUCAUGCGCACCAGACACCCGGUGGGAACGCUGGUUUUUACUGCCGGGGAUGUGGACUACAGCGUGCUGGAGGUGGCCGGCGGACACGUGCAGUACCGCUGGGACUGUGGCAGCGGGGAAGGGCUGGUCAGGGUGUCCACGGUGAGGGUCGACAAUGAUGCGUGGCACUUCAUCAACCUGACCAGAGACGGCACCAUAUCAACACUGAGUGUGGACAGCGAGGUGAGUUCAGGAGCGGCGCCGGGUGCUAAUGACAUUCUGAACAUGGAUUCAAACUUCAUGUAUCUCGGUGCUACCCUCAGCAGUGAACCAGAGUCAGGCAUGUCUUCCUAUUCCCAAAGCAGCCUGGGAUUUGUGGGUUGCCUCGAUCAGAUCAUUAUUGACGGCACCGAGCUUCCCGUGUCAAUAACAGGGACGGCCUCCAGGGGCACGGUGCUCACGCGCCUGGCCAACGUGGAGCUCCAGUGUCCAGGCGUGCUGCCGUUGGCCGGCGCGUGUGGCUCCUACCCUUGCCAGAACGCUGGGACAUGCAUAGAAAAUGAAGGUUCUUAUAAGUGCAAUUGCCCUCCACGCUUUACCGGAGGACAGUGCCAGGUGGACACGGCUCCCUGCUCCUCCUCACCCUGUCUUAAUGGAGGCAAAUGUAUCGUUGUUGGCCACACCUAUAAGUGUCAAUGUCCUUCAAAACUGAGUGGAAAACGUUGUGAAUAUGGCAUUUUCUGCAACCCAAACCCUUGUCAGAAUGGCGGUCGCUGUGAGGAGGGUACCGAUGGGCCUAUAUGCAAGUGCCAACACUUUACCGGUGCAAUGUGCCAGCUGGACAUUGAUGAGUGUACCCGCAACCCUUGCCAGAGCGGGGGAACCUGCCUCAACUUCUUUGGUGGGUUCAAGUGCAUAUGUUCCUCCAAUGUUACCGGUGCGGUGAAUAACUGCACAGAGGCCGUUAGGAAGCCUGAAGAGCCGUCCUCCUCCCUGAACAUCACCCUGGAGGAGCUGCUGUGCAUCCUGGCCGUGUUCCUGGGGUGCGUGAUGGCCGUGCUGCUGCUGGGGGCCUGGCAGUGGUGGCGGUGGAGGCACAAGCGUCACCAGCAGAACAACCGCGUCAAGCUCACGGACCACCACGUGAAGAACGACCUCAAGGCGAAUGACGCACCCAAAAGAAACUCCAAAAUCUGCAACGUGGAGGCAGACCAGCAGGGGCCGCCGCUGCCCCCCCACCCGGCCUCCUACACCCCCAGCGGCAACGACUCCGCCAUUCUCAACACCCUUAAGCAUCUGGCGGACCUGUCUGCUGCGGGACACGAGAGUCUUGAGCUGCAGACACUUUCACGAUGCUCCCACGAGUUCCUCCACAGCCUUAAAAAGCCCGUGGUCAUGCCGCCCAACCUCUCCCCUCCGCCGCCCUCCAACAGUGACUCCGACUCUCUCCACAAGCCCUGGGACCACCACAAUAACCUCAACGACUCCUACUUCAUGCCCAUCAAGGAUGUGGGCUGUGACCUGGUGACCAACCUCGGCGAGACCCACACCUCCCCGGCCCGGCAGUCUCCAUUUUCAGACGAUUCUUCAGCACCGAGCCAGCAGAAGAAGAAAGGCUACCACUGGGAUGACUAUGACAUGCACGCGGCCCACACACGCUGCUCGCCUCUUGCACAAGGCUCUGUUGCCACACCCCUGCUGAGUGAGGACGCCCGGGGCGGUCCAGACGGUAACGAGGACAAUGAUGAUGCUGGUGAUGAUCCCUGCAGCUUUGAGAAAAUACUCCUGGCAAAUAAUAUAUCUGUUGACUCAUGCCAAGACCUGACUCUUGAUCAUUCGUCUAAAUACAACAUUGUCUCGGACCUUGAAGAUGACUGCCCAGAGUCAGCCCUGAAGAUAUCCAACGUGCCUUCUGUCGUCGAGGACGCCAACAGGCUCGGCAGCCCCAGGAGCCGCCGCCCCUCCCACUGCAGAGACUACAGCUGCGUGUCGGACCUGUCCUUCCUCUCCGCCCUGGAGGAGGAAGGCGUUGACGACUCAAUGUCUGAACUCCAGGAAUCUGACUGUGAGCUGCUGGAUAGAGUCAGUGAGGCCCUCACACCCACACUGGUGCAGACUUCCCUCUCAGAAGUGUUUCUAUAGUCUUGUGAUGUGAUAGCUGCUGCUGGACAAGGAGCAAAAACUUUUUACCCCACCAACUCCCAGCAGUUUGUUUAACAUUAAAUUAAAUUUGUGGGAAAGAUAAAUAUGAAUUACAUGAUAGGUAGGUAGAUAGAUAGAUAGAUGGAUGAAUAGAUAGGUUGAAGUACUGAGAGAAAGAAGAAAUUAUUAAAUAUACUUUUAUACAAAUAUAUACAUAACAUACACAUUCUGUUCAUGUUUCAGACAAACUUGCAUUCAUGGAAAGAUUACUAAAAUCUAAUUUAGCACAAACUAAAUUCAUUAUUCCGUAAGGAAAAAAUGGAACAGGUGUAGAUGCUUUCUAUUACUGCAUGAAAACCUGGAGUAACCAACAGCACUUCUAUAAAUUAUCUAAAGUAUCACAAGCAGUGUGCAACAUUUUCUCAAGCCAAGCUUUCACAUGUCAGGUCAGCACAAUGCGUAGAAGAGAACAUUUUUACCAACAAGGCUGAGCCGAGUGAGUCGAGAAUCACAAAGUUUUGUACAAACGAGCAAAGGACAGAGACACUGUGUUUAUGAACACACAUUAUCUCAGGAUGGUUAAGGGAAGCCACUUGUAGCCAGCCCAAAGGGGUUACAAUAUGUUGCCAAAGGUGGGGUUUCAUGUUAACGUAUCCCAUGAAACAAAGAUGACUAACCCAUGAAACAAAGAUGACUAUGUUAAACGGAUUUAUAUACAAAUGAUGAAUAUA